CACCUGCUCAUUCACCACGCGGCAACAUAGCUACCGGCAACACUCACCUCGACAUGAAGGUCAUCGCUUGCAUUGUUCUGCUGGCCGCCUGCGCAUGCGCGGAGGAGGCUAAGACCGUGGAGAAGAGAGGGCUCGCUGGUCUGGGCUACGGCGGCUACGGCGCCGGCUACGGCCUCGGCUACGGCGCCAGCUACGCCGGACACGGCCUGGGCUACGGCGCCGGCUACGCCGGACACGGCCUGGGCUACGCUGGCUACGCCGCCGCGCCCGUCGCCGCCGUCUCCAAAGUGAGCUACGCCACCAGCCACGCCGCCCCCGCCUACGGCCUGGGCUACGCCGGCCACGGCCUGGGCUACGGAGGUCUCGGCUACGCCGGUCUGGGCUACGCCGCCGCCCCAGCCGUCGCUAAGGUCGCGGUCGCCGCGCCCGCCGUCAGCUACGCCUCCUACGGACUCGGGCACGGCCUGGGCUACGCCGGUCACGGUCUGGGCUACGGAGGUCUCGGCUACGCCGGCCACGGCCUGGGCUACGCCGGCUACGGUUACCACCACUGAAGAUCUCCCUUCCUCGACUACGAUUCACCUCCUGACUGCAGCACAGUAUUAAAUAACAAUGGCAAGGAAGCGCUGUACACAUUUGAUGCUGCGAACUUCAAGAAAACCCUAACUUUAGAACAAAAUUAUUUAAGAUUUGGUACAUAUUUCUGAUGGAAAUCCCACCGUGCAAUUUAUUGAAUUAUAAUUUGUACUGUAAAAUAAUAAUCAAAUAUGUUCAGAGCUUCUUGUCCACGUACAUUAUUAAUUUAUAUGUUAAAUUAUAAAUGUUUUAAUAUUGUGAACAAAAAUGAAAUAAAUAAUUUUUAUUAAUA